AUUUCAGAGUUCAAACACAGUCAAGAGACUCUUCUUCUUCUUCUUCUUGUUCUAGGAAUCUAGGGUUUCCAAUGGGAACGCAGCAAAGCCCAAUUGUUUCUUCCCUCCCACCCCUCCCAAUCCUCUUCUCCUUCUUCUUCACCGUCUACCUCAUCGCCUACUUCCUCGUCUUCCGCUCCUGGAGCCCCAAGAUCCGACCCGAAGCCUCCAGCUGCCUCAUCUCCCUCGCCCACGGCACCCCCGCCGUCUUCUUCUCCUCCUUCGCCAUUCUCUCCGAUCCCACCACCGGCUUCGCCGCCCCCAACACGCGCCUCCAGAACUCCGUCCUCGAUUUCAGCGUCGCCUAUUUCCUCAUGGAUCUUCUCCACUACCUCCUCUUCUUCCCCGGCGACGUCCUCUUCAUCGGCCACCACCUCGCCACGCUCUUCGUCUUCCUCACCUGCCGCUACGUCGCCUCCCGCGGCGCCUUCGCCGUCCUCACGCUCCUCAUCCUCGCCGAGGUCACCAGCCUCUGCCAGAACGUCUGGACGCUCGCCAACGCGCGCCGGAGGGACGUGGAGUUCGCCGCCAAGGUGUAUGAUUUUCUGUCUCCUCCGUUUUAUGUCCUCUAUUCGAUUGUGAGGGGCUUUGUUGGCCCUUAUUUCGUGUAUAGAAUGUGUGCUUUCUAUGCUAGCGGCGCCGCCGAGGGCUUGAUUCCCCGGUGGGUUUGGGUUUCGUGGAUUGUGGUGGUAAUGUCUGCUAUUUCUGUUAGCAUUAUGUGGAUUUCAAAUCUUUGGGUGGAGUUGUAUAGAGAUAGGAGUGGCAAGUUGGAAAAGAAAGUUACAUAGAAUAUUUGAUGUUGAUUUAGACGGAACAUUUUGCAAACUUGGUGUCAUGUUUUUUUUUUAUCUCAAGCUUAAUAACAAUGUGGCUUGAUUUAGCGUAGCGAUUUGCAACAAGUAGCUCUGUUUCGUUGAUGUCUUUCGUCAAAUUUUAUGUUUCGAUGAUGUAGAUUGGUGUAAAUGAUGAUACAAGCAAUGCCAGUCGAAUGGUUUAAUCAUGAUCACAGAACAGAUUCAAUGCAGUUUUUUGAAUGCAUACGUUUUUCUUUUCUGAUGCUAUCUUUGUUGUUAUACUUUCGAAAUUGGAAAGGGAGCCUUCUUUAGUCUUUGUUGU